AUGGAAAAAUCAGUUUUAAAACAAUGUCGAAUACCUGAAAGUAAUUCAAAUCAAAAAGAAAAGAACGUUAGGGAACCGACUGGUUCUCCAAAUUACCCUGAGAUACAAAAAAAUAUCAAUGGCUUAACCGAUCCUCCGGGCGCAGGACAGGGUUAUUCCUCGACACAAAUUGUUCAACCCACUGAAGACAACGAGCUCCAACCAAUUAUAAAUAAUAAAAAUGGAAUUUUGGACAAUUUACUUGGAGAAUCCGAUGACGACACUUUGAAAGCUUUUGAUUUGUAUAGAAAAAAGAAACUUUUAACUCAAAGUAUGAUGGACAUUGCGUUGUUUUCCGCAAACGCCAAUCAGUUGAGGCACGUCUUGGAGACGUUUGACGGCCAAUACAUUUCGAUCAUUUGUGUAGUACUUUUAUCGUUGAGUAUAAUCCUGCAAAUUUUGGUUGGCAUAACUUUGCUCUUGAGUAUUCGGUACAAUGUAACUAAUUGCGAAGAGCGAAAGAUGGCAUUCACGUACGGAAACUAUGUUAUUGUCGGCAUAUUCCUCAUAACUGUUGUUAAUAUUUUAAUAUCUGCAUUUGGAAAACCAGUGUGA